AUGUCAUCAGGAAACAGCAGCAAAUCACGCUCUCCGGAUGAAUGCAUGCAUGCCAUACAUGAGGUUGCAAGUAAACCAGUCAUGAUUGUAACUGAAUACAUGGAAAAUGGAUCCUUGGAUACAUUUUUAAAGAAGAAUGAUGGGCACUUCACUGUAAUUCAGCUGGUUGGUAUGCUCCGAGGUAUAGCAUCUGGGAUGAAGUAUUUGUCUGACAUGGGAUAUGUACAUAGAGACUUGGCUGCCAGAAAUAUCCUAAUCAACAGUAAUUUAGUAUGUAAAGUGUCAGACUUUGGACUUUCUCGAAUUCUUGAAGAUGAUCCUGAAGCUGCUUACACAACAAGAGGAGGGAAAAUCCCAAUCCGAUGGACAGCUCCUGAAGCUAUAGCCUUCCGCAAAUUUACUUCUGCCAGUGAUGUCUGGAGCUACGGGAUUGUGAUGUGGGAAGUAGUUUCCUAUGGUGAGAGACCUUACUGGGAGAUGACCAAUCAAGAUGUGAUUAAGGCUGUUGAAGAAGGUUAUCGUUUGCCAAGUCCCAUGGACUGCCCAGCUGCUCUCUAUCAGCUAAUGUUAGAUUGCUGGCAGAAGGACCGAAAUAGCAGACCCAAAUUUGAUGAAAUAGUCUGCAUGUUGGAGAAGCUCAUUCGGAAUCCCAGCAGUCUGAAAACAUUGGUGAAUGCAUCAAGCAGAGUUUCAAAUUUAUUAGGGGAACACAGCCCACUUGGAAAUGGUGUCUACAGAUCUGUAGGUGAAUGGCUGGAAGCCAUCAAAAUGGGACGGUACACAGAGAUUUUCAUGGAAAAUGGAUACAGUUCCAUGGAUGCUGUGGCUCAGGUGACACUGGAGGAUUUGAGGCGUCUUGGAAUCACACUUGUUGGGCACCAGAAGAAGAUAAUGAACAGCCUUCAAGAAAUGAAGGUCCAGCUGGUAAAUGGGAUGGUGCCACUGUAA